AUGCCCACUACUGACGACAACAUAGAGAAACUCACCCCUUGGGUUUUCGAACAUGCCGAGUCUGCCGAUCUCUUCUGUGUUGAUCGCUGGCCCGAAGAAGAGUCGAAGGAUUAUCGAGAUAUCUUUCACCUCACCAACUCGUAUGUCUCCGAAACCAACCUCCUCGACGCCUCCCUCGCCGAGCCCCACCCCCUUCAAGCCUACUAUCCCGAAAGCCAACCCUAUGAUCCUGAUCGCAUCGAGCCGGGCAUUCUGGAAGAUGCGGUUGGGAGAGAGGAGCUUGUAACUCUUCCGCGAAAGAGCUGGGAGUAUUCUACGCGAGAGGAGUUUGCCCAUCUGAUGACCCUACAGGCCCUCGUGUUGAGAGGGCUGAUGGAGAGUCUUUAUCAGAAAAUGGGCUUGAGAGUUUCAAACUGCUCCGGGGAAAACGGCGUUGGACUAAAGCACAGAAGCUUUCCUGUAGCUAACCACAGGCAAUCAUAUCAUCUCGGCGGUCAAAAGUAUGCAGCCAGGCCUGAUGGCGCUGUUACUAUCCGUACUCAGAGACGGGACCUUCCCAUUCUGUCUUUCACGAGCGAGAUGUUUGUUCUUGGUUUCUACAAAAGGCAAAUCUUCAUUGCUCGUGGGUUCUUUAUAAAAGAUCAUAUAUCGCGGGUUCAUUCAAAGGGGUGCUCGGCUGAUGAAACCUUCACUAUAGCUUUUACACGAGGCUAUGACCUGUCCUCCAAGAUGGAUCGGGAUGAGGCUGUAGAGAAACUGGUAGGGUUGCUACGAUAUUUUCUCGGUGGGACUGCACAAAUAGGUGGCUUACAGGCCUUUUUUGACAAAUGA